AUGCACAACCCUCAAAGUCAGCAAUCAGUCGGAGGGAGUUUCGGUGGGCACGUCAACACUCUACAAAUAAUAAGAGAUAAACAAGUGGACAGAUACGAGAUUGUGCCCGGGAAAGAUCCAAAAUUUUCUGAUGUAAUAUUGGAGACACCAAAUUGUAUCCUUAGUUGUAAAAAAGUUCAGGGUACAAUCAACAAACAUGGUGAAGCAUACUCUUUGAAGUGGAAAGAAGAACUUGGAAACGGGGGAAAUGGAGAGAUUUGGAAAGUUGAGUUUACUAGUCAAAGCAGCUUGCCUCGUGAAUAUGCCGCAAAGAACACAAAAACUCGAGAAGAUAUUUACUCACAAAAUAUUGCUUUGAACGAACUACGCCACGAAUGUGAAAUACUAAAACAACUCGAUCAUGCACAUAUUGUGAAAUAUAUGGGCUUCGCCGAAUUCCAACACGAUCAAAUCUCGAAAAGGUUUGUUUUGCUGUUGGAGAAAUGUGAUGGUGGCGACUUACUAACUAUGAUCAAUGACAGACACAAGAUCUAUUCCGUGUAUACAGUCGUUUAUUGGGCAGAACAGUUGUUUUCGGCGCUUGAAUAUUUACGGAAGGGAAAUUUCAUUCAUCGGGAUAUCAAAGCAGAGAACGUUCUUCUAUCUAUAAAGCAGUUCUUAUCUCCAAAUAAAAUCGAAUAUGAUGUGAAACUUUGCGAUUUUGCCUUUACGAUUCGUCGCGAAAACACUACGUUUUUUUUGAUGAAAACUUCAGAGGAAUUUCCUAAAGGAACAUAUGCUUCAAUGAGCCCUGAAGUGUACAAUUGUAUGGUCUGUCACCGUAGCGACAUUUUCUGCCUUGGUCUCGUCUUGUGGUUUUUGAUUGAAAGAAGAAAAUUCUAUUCCUGCCCAUCCGAAUGGAAAACCUAUCAAACAGCAAAACAGCAAGAACCAUCAUUCGUCAAUUGCCGAGACGAUUUACGAAAUAUCAUUUAUGAUUGCACUAGGAAAAAGUUUUACAAUCGGGCUCAGGAUGCAGAAGAAGUGCGACAUCGGUUGGAAACAAUAUUACAGCAGUCGGCGCUGAAUCUCUCACCGGAUCUCAAGGCCACAAGCACUGUAAGUGUACAAAUGGAUGCG